GCUGAAAUCUAUGUAAAUCACCCAAAACUCCUCCCAACUUCGUUGACCCAGAAGCAAAUGAAGACACAAGCAAGCAAAGCAGAGUGGAAUGCCUCACAAUCUGAACACCCGAAGUGAACACCUGCUCACCUGAACAGCUCCCACUCAUUCACAUCACCCAUGGCGGCAGCAUGGCGGUGUCGGGGACUGUGAUUGGGGCAGCUGCGACCACCGUGGGCUCUGUUCUGCUGCUAAAUGUGGCUGGGAUCCUGACAGCUCGCUUCCCUCGCCACCGCUCGGGAAAAGUCGGGCCUUCAGGGAUCGUUCCUGAUCGAGCUCUUGCUCCACUCUCGUCCCUGGUCACGAACGUCUUCCUUCCGUGCCUCAUCUUUAGUAGCUUGGGAGCAACCCUUAGACAGGACGUCCUCAAGGACUCGUGGCCAUCAGCAGUCUUUGCACCAGUCAACAUGGGAAUCGCGGCGCUUGUGUCGUGGUUGGUGGCCAUACCUUUUGUGCCACGCAAGUUCCGCACAGAGUUUGUGCUGGCCAGCUCAGUUCCAAAUGUCGGACCAAUGCCGCUCGUCAUGAUGGAGGUGCUGUGUGACCAAGAGCAACUGGCUUCUGAGACAGACUGUUUUGACAGAAGCGUCACCUUCAUCUUUGUGCAUGUGUUUGGCUGGUCGCUGGCCUUUUGGACGAUUGGCCUUGCCCUUGUCAAGUCGAUGAAGGGUGAUCAUGGACAACAGCAGCAUGAACCAAAGAGGUCACUUGGCUGCGCAGUGGCACGAGGGCUCGCCAGCCCGGCCAUCCUCGCCACCAUACUGGGCGCCGUUGUUGGCCUCAUACAGCCCCUGCGCCGAGCGUUCUUCAGUGACCAUGCCCCGUUGCGCUUCAUUGCCUCCGCUGCCAGCAACUACGGAACAAGCGUUGUCGGCCUGGCCAUCUAUGUCAUGGCAGCGACGCUGGGAAAAUCCCUCACAUCGCUCAACCCGCGCGCUUGGAUCGCCAGAAAACGCGCGCAAGAUACGCACGCCUCCAAGCAGCAUCCAUGCCUUGACGGGUCGCAAUUGCAGGAUGUACAUGGGAAUCGUACACAGCACCGGCAACAAGACAGUGGUGCGGGCAGCAGCAGCGGAAGCACCAAUGAAACCCAUUCUUCUUCUUCUUCAGGCGCCUUGGAGAUGCAGCCACAACUACAACUACAGCAACAACAACAACUACUACUACUACAACAACAACUACAACAACAACAACAACAACAACGCGAUGAGGGUGGCGACAGCUCUGAAAGCCUCGAAGAAUGGCUGCGAGCAAGCGAAGGUAACAACGCAGAAGCAGCAACUGUUCAAGAGAGCACGUUACAUCAGAUGGAUAGUCCAGACAGUGCCGCCACCACCACCGCCGUGAUUGUGGAAAUGACGCAAUCCGAAGACAUACACGCCAACAUGAGUGAGCGCAGCAGCGUCGAGGACAUUGAGAGAGGUGCCUUUGAGAGCGAUGACGGCAGAGGAGUGGCACACGGACACAAUAGUAGCAAGAAUGAGCAUGGCGCCGAUGCUGCCGUGGAUGAUGAAGGGUGGAGUGCAACGGUGAUUGUGCUGUUUAUUUUCGUGUCCAUGUGUGUCGUGCCUGUGCUGCGAUUUGGGCUGCUGCUACUUGUGGGCGACCUGGUGUUUGUUGGGCCAGACUCCGCCCUCGUUCAGCUCGUCGUGGCGCUGCAGAGCGUAACACCAGCCGCCACGCUUGUCGUCGUCGUGUGCCAGCGCGAAGGGAAGCAGGCUGCUGCCAAGCGCAUAUCCCGGGGCGUUGUCGGACAGUACGCGUUCUCCAUCGUCACCCUGCUGGUGGCCACCGUGAUAGCCGUGGACUCGUUCUACUCCUGACUGGCUCUCUUGUGCGUUUUGAUGAAUGACUUGCUUCUGUAGCUCGGAGGAAUGUGGUGUGUAACAACAAAUCUUCAGCCAUCAUGCUCAG